AGAAGUGUAGCCGCACGCGCUAGUCGCGUGCCUCGACUGCAGUUAUGGCAGCACAAGCUAAGGUAGGCGGCCAAGUUCUCAUUCGAUCACCUCUAAACGAAGGUUUCGUCCACGAACAGUCGCCGACGACGCAAUACAGCAACGCAUUCCCUCAACGUCACUACCCGCAGAACACACGUCUUCAGAGGAUGUUUCCUGGAAGGUUCCCUAAGAAUUCGUUCUUUGCACGCAAUAACCCUCAUCCCGGACGAGUAAUGCACAUCAAGGGGCUCCUAGAUGUGCCUGUCUGCUGUGUACAAGACGGAGUGUACGAUGGUCAUCGACUUGUGCUCUCAGAGCCUUUGUUACACUCUAAGUUGCAAGAACCAGGACUGAUACCUAAAGGAGCAACGCGGUAUUCUGCUAAUAAGGACAAGCAUAUUCCGGCUGUUGGGAUAGUUCCAGUCACGUUUGCGUGGCGUGAUGAACUGGAAAAGUUGACGAAGCAAGUUGUGGCAAAUGCAGCCAUGGGCAACCCUCCUGGCAAACGAAAUGCACACUCAAGACAAGGUAGUCGUAUGCAAUCAAGACAGAGCAGGCGACAACAACACGAGUCACCUUUGUCUGGGCUCGAUGAAACAACUUUACUGGAGUUGCUGUGUCGCAUACUGCAGACUGAUUCUAUUCCAGCUAUUCAGGGAUGGCUCAGUUCAGCUCCAGAAGCUGAAAAAGACAUUGUACUAAACAUGCUUGGAAUGGCUGCUAGUGGUGAGCUAGCAUAUACGCCGAGCCCAAGAGAUAUAUCACAGAGACCCAGCAGUCGCCCUGCGUCUCAACAAGUUCAAUAUUCUUAUCACUGGGAACCAAAUGCGUCACAUACUGUCCACGAGUCAGAGCCAAUAGCUGAAGAGUGCGAGAUGAUGGAAACAUUUGGAACACAGAAAAGAACAAGUGCUACUCCUAAGGAAAAUACCUGCGAUGUUUCACAUGCUGAGCAAUGGCUCAGGUCACAUGGUGGGAGCCGCUGCCGAUGGGGUGGAGAUGCUGUCAUGGAAUGUAAUUCACAAAUGGGAGCUACCAGCCAGCCUCCUUCUCGUCUCAAAAAAACUGCUGUUGCUCGAGCUACAUCAGCUCCAGACAAACCUCCCUCUCGAGCAGCGACUGCAAGAUCUGGAGUGCAGAGGAUUACUAGAUCACAGAAUGGCAACAGCAGGUCAAGAUUCAAGUAUGUGUCCACAUGGUCAGGAAAGACUGGAUCCAGUCGACUAUUCACUCAGUUCAGUUUCACUGAUCUGCAGGAGGGUUUUCUUGAUUCGAGCUGCAUGUCAGACCGAAUGGCUGCAAAACGAUGCUGCUAUAUUGCUGUCCUUCUCGCUUGUGGAUAUCGAUCUCUAAGUGCAGACUCGGUGUCAUGGCCUCCUGACUGGUCUACAGUCGACUGCGCAGACGUGCAGGACUACAGCUCGAAUCGAUCAUGCAAGUUUGUACAGACAGCAAACAACUGCCAGCCUGGUGGAGGACUGAUUCCCUAUUUAGAGAUCAUCUAUUGUGAUAUUGGAACCGACCUCAUUCCUCUCGGUGUCACCAUAUUGGUUAUCUGGCUUUUCAUGCUUUUUCUAGCGCUGGCCGCUACUGCUGAAGACUAUUUUUGUCCGUCGCUCACUGUUAUUUCCAAGUCUCUGAGGCUAAACCAGAACGUGGCUGGCGUUACCUUUCUGGCUUUUGGAAACGGUGCGCCAGAUAUUUUCAGUGCUAUUGCAGCAAUUACUGCAGCAAAGCAAGGUGACAUCAGUCUGGCUAUAGGAGCUCUCUUUGGUGCUGGUAUGUUUGUUUCUUUGAUUGUAGUCGGUGCUAUCUGCAUUACUACUUCAUUCACCCUCACUUCACGACCGUUUCUUCGAGAUGUCAUCUUUUACAUUCUGGCAGUGACAUGGACUUUUGCUAUUAUCUGGAAUGGGAAGAUAUACCUAGGUGAAACUGUUGGAUUUAUUGCACUGUACACUGUGUAUGUGGCCAUUGUUGUGUUGGGCCAUUAUAUUUACCAGAAACGCAAGAAACAGCGGGCAGCUACAGAAGAACGGCAGUCACCAGAUGAAGACUCUCAUCUGCUUGGUCAGAACAGUGAGACAAGUUACAAUAAGAAACGAACAUACACAGAAUUGGAACCUCUGACAAUACUCGAAACAAACAGUGAGACUAGUGGUACAUUUAGAUCAAGAGACAGCAUGAAAGGAGAUUUUGAGAGCCCGGCUGACAUGGAUGCGGAAUUACUAAGAACGUUGCAACAGCAACGAAGACAACUUCGAAUCAAGAGAUCAUCUUUUGCACUAGCCAGUGCUCUUGAUAUUGGGGAAACAAUCGGAGUAGCAGUUCUUGGUCGCAGAGAUAUUGCGCACCGGAGGAGGGCGUCUCACCUAUCUCUCGAGCAACAUAAUAAUACAGCAGACGAAAACGCUGAAGAUACUGAGUCAUUAACCUCUUCUAGUUCAAGCAUCAAGAAAAAGACUCAAGAUCACCCCAUCAUUUACGCUCUAAAGGGACUAAAACCCUUUGACUAUCAAACAUGGAAAGAAGAAGGAAUUGUAUGGAAGGUCCUAGAUAUAUGCAAAAUUCCUAUUAUAUUCCUAUUGCAACUGACUGUUCCAGUUGUUGACUAUGAGGAAGAUCACAACAACUGGAAUAAGUGGCUGAAUGUAUGGCACUGUGUUGCAGCUCCUGUCUUCAUUACAUUUGCAGCAGGAGGUAAUGGCAUAAACUUAAACGGCGUAGUCCCAGUGUGGGCUGUCGUACUUGCUGUAUCCACAGUGGUUGCGCUUACCGUGAUCUUCACAUCUAGAUCAUAUGAUCCCCCUGUCUACCAUGUAUUGUUUGCUUAUUUGGGAUUUGCUGUGUCAAUGGUAUGGAUCUACCUCGUUGCAAAUGAGAUUGUCGAUGGAAUACAAACAACAGGCAUUGUAUUUAAUAUUAAGACUGGAAUACUGGGGUUGACAUUUCUGGCCUGGGCAAACAGCAUUGGAGACUUUAUAUCAGACUUGACAAUGGCAAAACAAGGGUUUCCAAGGAUGGGAGUGUCAGCUUGUUUUGGUGGUCCCCUGCUGAACCUACUGUUGGGAUUUGGAAUUGGAACAACCAUAAUAUGCCUUCAAUCAGAAGAUUAUACGGUGGAGCUGAGUGUGUUGUCAUCCGUAGAAUUCAUCUGCGCCAUGUUUCUACUUGCAAACCUCGCCUUCUCACUGUUCAUUAUCACCAUCAUUCUUAGAUUCAAUGUUGGUCGCAUCUAUGGUAUUACCCUUAUCUGUAUAUAUAUCAUAUUUCUUAUUGUUGCUAUACUUGGUGAACGUAGAAUUGUUCCAUCUCCUUUGUAGUUUUUUCACUAUAGUUUUAUUGUAUACCUUUUAGUCAAAUUGCUGGUACUGUUUACAUAGUUUAGUUAUGACUUUAUCCAGUAAACUAAAAUUAGACAUUAUAGUAAGUACAUCAUUAUAAUUUACAGUGUACAAUGCAAAG